UCGGAGACUUGCAGGCAGCAAACACGGUGCGAACAGGAGGGAGAAAGAAAAAAAUUAAAAAGCUAAACGUGGAGCAGACGGCCAGAAACCGAGAAGGGGAAUCGAUGCGAGGAGCUCACUAACAAAAACACCACUUCGGAGCAAACAGCGAACAUUGUAAAAGCAACGACUCAAGAAAACUGAAACCUAAAAUAAAACCUGCUCAUGCACCAUGGUUUUUCAAACUCGGCACCCUUCAUGGAUUAUUUUAUGCUACAUCUGGCUGCUCCGCUUUGCACACACCGGGGAGGCGCAAGCUGCGAAGGAAGUACUACUGCUGGAUUCUAAAGCACAACAAACAGAGUUGGAAUGGAUUUCCUCCCCACCUAAUGGGUGGGAAGAAAUUAGUGGUUUGGAUGAGAACUAUACCCCAAUACGAACAUACCAGGUGUGCCAGGUCAUGGAACCCAACCAAAACAACUGGCUGCGGACUAACUGGAUUUCAAAAGGCAAUGCACAAAGGAUUUUUGUAGAAUUGAAAUUCACCCUGAGGGAUUGUAACAGUCUUCCUGGAGUACUGGGAACUUGCAAGGAAACCUUUAAUUUGUACUAUUAUGAAACAGACUACGACACUGGCAGGAAUAUAAGAGAAAACCUAUAUGUAAAAAUAGACACCAUUGCUGCCGAUGAAAGUUUUACACAGGGUGACCUUGGUGAAAGAAAGAUGAAGCUUAACACUGAGGUGAGAGAGAUUGGACCUUUGUCCAAAAAGGGAUUCUAUCUUGCCUUUCAGGAUGUAGGGGCUUGCAUAGCUUUGGUCUCUGUCAAAGUAUACUACAAGAAGUGCUGGUCCAUUAUUGAGAACUUAGCUAUCUUUCCAGAUACAGUGACUGGCUCAGAGUUUUCCUCUUUAGUCGAGGUUCGAGGUACAUGUGUCAGCAGUGCAGAGGAAGAGGCAGAAAACUCGCCCAGGAUGCACUGCAGUGCAGAAGGAGAAUGGUUAGUGCCUAUUGGAAAGUGUAUCUGCAAAGCAGGGUACCAGCAAAAAGGAGACACUUGUGAACCCUGUGGCCGUGGGCUCUACAAAUCUUCUUCUCAAGAUCUUCAGUGCUCUCGUUGUCCAAAUCAUAGUUUUUCUGAGAAAGAAGGCUCCUCAAGAUGUGAAUGUGAAGAUGGGUAUUAUAGGGCUCCAUCUGACCUGCCGAAUGUUGCGUGCACAAGGCCUCCGUCUGCACCACAGAACCUCAUUUUCAACAUCAACCAAACCACAGUAAGCUUGGAAUGGAGUCCUCCUGCAGACAAUGGGGGAAGAAAUGAUGUGACCUACAGAAUACUGUGUAAACGGUGCAGUUGGGAGCAAGGUGAAUGUGUUCCCUGUGGUAGUAACAUUGGAUACAUGCCCCAGCAGACUGGAUUAGAGGAUAACUAUGUCACGGUCAUGGACCUGCUAGCCCACGCUAAUUACACUUUUGAAGUUGAAGCUGUAAAUGGAGUUUCUGACUUAAGCCGAUCCCAGAGGCUCUUUGCAGCUGUCAGUAUCACCACUGGUCAAGCAGCUCCCUCGCAAGUGAGUGGAGUAAUGAAGGAGAGAGUGCUGCAGCGGAGUGUCGAGCUUUCCUGGCAAGAACCAGAGCACCCCAAUGGAGUCAUCACUGAAUAUGAAAUCAAGUAUUACGAGAAAGAUCAAAGGGAACGGACCUACUCAACGCUAAAAACCAAGUCCACUUCAGCCUCCAUUAAUAAUCUGAAACCAGGAACAGUAUAUGUUUUUCAGAUUCGGGCUUUUACAGCUGCUGGUUAUGGAAAUUAUAGUCCCAGACUUGAUGUUGCUACACUAGAGGAAGCUACAGGUAAAAUGUUUGAAGCUACAGCUGUCUCCAGUGAACAGAAUCCUGUCAUUAUCAUCGCCGUGGUUGCUGUGGCGGGGACCAUCAUUUUGGUGUUCAUGGUCUUUGGAUUCAUCAUUGGAAGAAGGCACUGUGGUUAUAGCAAAGCUGACCAAGAAGGGGAUGAAGAACUUUACUUUCAUUUUAAAUUUCCAGGCACCAAAACCUACAUUGACCCUGAAACCUAUGAGGACCCAAAUAGAGCUGUCCAUCAAUUCGCCAAGGAGCUAGAUGCCUCCUGUAUUAAAAUUGAACGUGUGAUUGGUGCAGGAGAAUUUGGAGAAGUCUGCAGUGGUCGUCUAAAACUUCCAGGGAAAAGAGAUGUUCCAGUAGCCAUAAAAACCCUGAAAGUUGGUUACACAGAAAAACAGAGGAGAGACUUUUUAUGUGAAGCAAGCAUCAUGGGGCAAUUUGACCACCCAAAUGUUGUCCAUUUGGAAGGGGUUGUUACAAGAGGGAAACCAGUCAUGAUUGUAAUAGAAUUCAUGGAAAAUGGAGCCCUAGAUGCAUUUCUCAGGAAACAUGAUGGGCAAUUUACAGUCAUUCAGUUAGUAGGAAUGCUGAGAGGAAUUGCUGCUGGAAUGAGAUAUUUGGCUGAUAUGGGAUAUGUUCACAGGGACCUUGCAGCUCGCAAUAUUCUUGUCAACAGCAAUCUUGUUUGUAAAGUAUCAGAUUUCGGCCUGUCCCGGGUUAUAGAGGAUGAUCCAGAAGCUGUCUAUACAACUACUGGUGGAAAAAUUCCAGUAAGGUGGACAGCACCAGAAGCCAUCCAAUACCGGAAAUUCACAUCAGCCAGUGAUGUAUGGAGUUAUGGAAUAGUCAUGUGGGAAGUUAUGUCUUAUGGAGAAAGACCUUAUUGGGACAUGUCAAAUCAAGACGUUAUAAAAGCAAUAGAAGAAGGUUAUCGUUUGCCAGCACCCAUGGACUGCCCGGCUGGUCUUCACCAGCUGAUGCUGGAUUGUUGGCAGAAAGAACGCGCUGAAAGGCCAAAGUUUGAACAGAUAGUCGGAAUUCUAGACAAAAUGAUUCGAAACCCAAAUAGUCUGAAAACACCCCUUGGAACAUGUAGUAGGCCAAUAAGCCCUCUUUUGGAUCAAAACACUCCUGACUUCACUACCUUUUGUUCAGUUGGAGAAUGGCUGCCUAUUAAGAUGGAAAGAUAUAAAGAUAACUUCACAGCAGCUGGCUACAACUCCCUUGAAUCAGUGGCCAGGAUGACCAUUGACUCCCUCGCAAGUGAGUGGAGUAAUGAAGGAGAGAGUGCUGCAGCGGAGUGUCGAGCUUUCCUGGCAGAACCAGAGCACCCCAAUGGAGUCAUCACUGAAUAUGAAAUCAAGUAUUACGAGAAAUCCACUUCAGCCUCCAUUAAUAAUCUGAAACCAGGAACAGUAUAUGUUUUUCAGAUUCGGGCUUUUACAGCUGCUGGUUAUGGAAAUUAUAGUCCCAGACUUGAUGUUGCUACACUAGAGGAAGCUACAGGUAAAAUGUUUGAAGCUACAGCUGUCUCCAGUGAACAGAAUCCUGUCAUUAUCAUCGCCGUGGUUGCUGUGGCGGGGACCAUCAUUUUGGUGUUCAUGGUCUUUGGAUUCAUCAUUGGAAGAAGGCACUGUGGUUAUAGCAAAGCUGACCAAGAAGGGGAUGAAGAACUUUACUUUCAUUUUAAAUUUCCAGGCACCAAAACCUACAUUGACCCUGAAACCUAUGAGGACCCAAAUAGAGCUGUCCAUCAAUUCGCCAAGGAGCUAGAUGCCUCCUGUAUUAAAAUUGAACGUGUGAUUGGUGCAGGAGAAUUUGGAGAAGUCUGCAGUGGUCCUAAACUUCCAGGGAAAAGAGAUGUUCCAGUAGCCAUAAAAACCCUGAAAGUUGGUUACACAGAAAAACAGAGGAGAGACUUUUUAUGUGAAGCAAGCAUCAUGGGGCAAUUUGACCACCCAAAUGUUGUCCAUUUGGAAGGGGUUGUUACAAGAGGGAAACCAGUCAUGAUUGUAAUAGAAUUCAUGGAAAAUGGAGCCCUAGAUGCAUUUCUCAGGAAACAUGAUGGGCAAUUUACAGUCAUUCAGUUAGUAGGAAUGCUGAGAGGAAUUGCUGCUGGAAUGAGAUAUUUGGCUGAUAUGGGAUAUGUUCACAGGGACCUUGCAGCUCGCAAUAUUCUUGUCAACAGCAAUCUUGUUUGUAAAGUAUCAGAUUUCGGCCUGUCCCGGGUUAUAGAGGAUGAUCCAGAAGCUGUCUAUACAACUACUGGUGGAAAAAUUCCAGUAAGGUGGACAGCACCAGAAGCCAUCCAAUACCGGAAAUUCACAUCAGCCAGUGAUGUAUGGAGUUAUGGAAUAGUCAUGUGGGAAGUUAUGUCUUAUGGAGAAAGACCUUAUUGGGACAUGUCAAAUCAAGACGUUAUAAAAGCAAUAGAAGAAGGUUAUCGUUUGCCAGCACCCAUGGACUGCCCGGCUGGUCUUCACCAGCUGAUGCUGGAUUGUUGGCAGAAAGAACGCGCUGAAAGGCCAAAGUUUGAACAGAUAGUCGGAAUUCUAGACAAAAUGAUUCGAAACCCAAAUAGUCUGAAAACACCCCUUGGAACAUGUAGUAGGCCAAUAAGCCCUCUUCUGGAUCAAAACACUCCUGACUUCACUACCUUUUGUUCAGUUGGAGAAUGGCUGCAAGCUAUUAAGAUGGAAAGAUAUAAAGAUAACUUCACAGCAGCUGGCUACAACUCCCUUGAAUCAGUGGCCAGGAUGACCAUUGAGGAUGUGAUGAGUUUAGGGAUCACACUGGUUGGCCAUCAAAAGAAAAUCAUGAGCAGCAUUCAGACUAUGCGAGCACAAAUGCUACAUUUACAUGGAACCGGCAUCCAAGUGUGAUAAGCAUUUCUCCCUCGCAAGGGAGAUGACAGACUGUGUGAGAACAGUACUGGCCUUCGGUAUAUGCGUAGAAUGCUGCUAGAAGACAGUUGUUGUCCUGGGUCCUUCCUACAGCAAAGAGAUUUAAGAAGCACCUAUAGACUUGAACUCCUAAGUGCCACCAGAAUCUAUAAAAAGGGAAUUUAGGAUCCACCGCUGGUGGCCAGGAAAACAGCAGUGACAAUAAACAAAGUACUACCUGAAAAACAUCCAAACACCUUGAGCUCUCUAACCUCCUUUUUAUCUUAUAGACUUUUUAAAAUGUACAUAAAGAAUUUAAGAAAGAAUAUAUUUGUCAAAUAAAAUCAUGAUCUUAUUGUUUAAAUCAAUGAAAUAUUUUCCUUAAAUAUGUGAUUUCAGACUAUUCCUUUUUAAAACCAUUUGUGUUUAUUCUUCAUAAGGACUUUGUUUUAGAAAGUUGUUUAUAGCUUUGAAACUUUUUAGUGUUAAAUCUAUGACACAUUACUACACUGGGUACCUUUGAAAGAAUCUCAAAUUAAAAAAAAAAAUGUAUAGCAUGAAUGAAGAUAUAUUUCUGUCAGAACAUUGGUAUCCUUUUUGUGCCAUUUUUCUUCUGUUUAAUCAGUGCUGUUUUGAUAUUGUUUGCUAAUUGGCAGGUAGUCAAGAGAAAAUGCAAGUUGCCAAGAGCUCUGAUAUUUUUUAAAAAAAACUUCUUUUGUAAAGAUCAGACAACACAAUAUCUUUUCAAUGAAAAAAGCAAUAAUGAUCCAUAAAUACUAUGAGGCACUUUUAACAGAUUGUUUAUAGAGUGACUUUACUAGAUGGAAUUUAAUAAACAUUUAAAAUUGUAGGUUUAUGACUAUUCAACAAAAAGGUGAGGCACUUCAUCUAAAGAAUGUUGGUGAAGGUGAGUCUCUGAAAGCAAGAACUAUUCAGUGUUAUCUAAAAUUUAAUCUGAGCACAUCAAGAUUUUUUUCAAUUUCAUGACAUUUGGAAAUUUAGGAGAAAUAGUUGGCAUAUAUUUUAUACCCUAAUAUGUUUAAUGCAGUCCAAACAUGAAAAGAAGGACUUAAGUUUUAUAUUAGAAAUCUGGAGCAUGAUUAAAGGGGCAGUUCACAAUUUUCUCCUUUCAAAAACAAAUUUGCUGCACAGAAUAUCACCAUUGCAGUUUUGUUUUGUUUUGUUUUUAAGUCUUUAAUUUGUGAAUGCUGAUGCAAGAAACUUGGUAAAUAAAAGAACUCUUUUUACCAUAUAAGGAAGAGGUGAAGGAUCAGGCUAUUCUGUUUUAAGUUUUAUUUAUUAAACCAUAUUAUUUGAUUACUGUGUUAGAAUUUCAUAAGCAAUAAUUCAAUGUGUCUUUUUAGAUAUUGCAGGAAUGUAUACAUAUUGUGAGUAAUGCUUUCAAAAUUUACAAAAAUCAUGAACUACCCCAGAAUUGAACUGUUGUACUUCCAAAGAGAAUUGGGCUGUUUAUAAUGAUUUUAAUAGAGCAAGAUCCCAGGGAUCGGUCAUAAUUGGUCUUGUUUGGUAAUGUGGGCUUCCACAAACAAACAAACAAAUAGCAGAAACAAAAUCUGUAAAUGUUCCUUUGUAAAACUUGUAAAUUUUAUUUAUACUGUCUUGUUUUAUACACACAUUUCUCUGUAGUGGGCUCUGGAUACAUUGAAAAUGCACUAUAUUUUUCUAUUUUACUUGCAGAGCAUCACAAAAGAACAGGUAUUUUCAGUGCUACAUAAUGUGUUUUCCCACAUUUAGGACCAAAGAUGGCUAUACAAAAACUCAAAUGGAUUGCUUCCCAAACCCCUCCCCUACCCUUUUUUUUUCCUUUUAAAUCACUGUAUACUGUUACUUGAUAUUUUAAUUUAUUUUUGAUUGACUAGAAAAUCAUUUUAAUUUCACUAAAAAUGUUUUUUGUCCCUAAGGAAAAAUAAUCUGUAAAAAUAAUUUUAAUUAGCAUAAUACAGUCACAUAGACACUUCCAUUUGUAAUCUUUGUAAUAGACUGUAAAUAUAUUUUUGGAACUAUAACACAAUGUGCUUGAGGGUUAUUUUUCAGUGUCUGCAGUGUAUACAAGUGUUUAUACUAAGUACAGCACUUUACAACUCUAAUCAGUAGCAUUGGCCUUUGUGAGAAUGAGUGAAAGAGUUUGAGUGAGUGUUCUUAAUUCCGUUUGGAUUCUAGACUCACUAAUAAUGAAGUUCUUUUCUUGUUCAUAGUUUAAGGUGCUUAUUUUUUCUAUUAAAAUUAAAUUAACAAAAAGCCAUUCUAGAAAUAGAAGACAUAGUAUGGUACAUGCAAAUGGUGUCUUUCCUGCUUUUUUCUAGAACUAGAUUUAUAGUUGAGUCGUCUUUCUUGAGUAGAAGGGCAGAAUAAAAGUUUUUUUGAGUUUUUUUCAAAAAUAACUUUUUUCUUCAGCAAUAUACCUCAUCUGCCUUAAAUUUUUUACAGCUCUUUACAGGGAAAGGGGAGAAGGGAUGGGAAAGACACACAGCACAAUAGAAAGUGUAUGAUUACAUCACUCUUGUUUGUAGAUUUCUUUUCCCAGUCAACAUUAUGAUUUUGAAUUACAUGUAUGUGAAACAAAUAUUAAGGGAAAAAGAAUUAACAUUGUAAUGCUGAUUGUAAUACUCUCUUCCAGAAAGAGAUGGAAUGGUAUAAUAAUAAGAAGAAUGUAAAACUUGCACCUUGAUAUCUUUUUUUGAUAAAUUAGUGCUCAGGGGAGGAAAGGUAGAGAAAGUGAACAUCAAAAAUAGAAUUCCAAAAUUUUUAAAAUGCAAAAGGAAAUGGCCUCCAUGCUUUAAUAGAGCCACCUUUUUUAGAACGCCGUCUUCACACUUGACUUGUGUUUUGCAUUCAGUACUGAAAUAAAAGUAACUGUUUUAUCACAUCUGAAUCUAACAUUUUCUGAGCAAAUUGAUCUGGGGCUUGUUUACUAAGACUGGUGGUUUAUGCUUGUCAGAGCACUAUUAGUUCAAUCAUAUUGUAUACUUAUGUAAUCUACAUUAGCUAGUACUAUUUAGGACUAUAUUUUAAUUGCUCCUCUUAUCCGUGUUUUUAAGACAAUUAAAAUGGUGUAAUUCACCUCUCUUUUUUAUUUAGGUAAUGCUAAUAUUCUCCCUUUUGUUUCCAGAGUAGCCUAGAACUGCGCUACUCACCAAUGUGCAUGUUCAAAUAAAUUACUGAUGUGUAUUUUUUUGCUGUAUGUGGAGAAAUCAUGGGGAACUUGGGGCGAGAUGUGCUUUUUGUUGGUUGAAUUUGUCCCUCCUUGCCUAAGAAUUACUACAGGGGUCAUCCUUUUAUAAGGAAAAACUGCUUUUGAACAGUGUCUUCAAUGUAUCAAGCACAAAUAACUCUUUCUUCAACACGAAUCAUAAGUCUCUUUUUACCAGUUUAAAAUAAUAAAUGAACUAUUAGACAAUGUAAAGAAAAUCCUGUCUCCAAUCAUUGGUGGAUUCCUUUAUGUCCCUGUGCAUUCUUACACAUGAAGUGAGAUACUUAGAGUAAACA